AUGCGUUGUAUUAUUUAUGUGGUUUUCAUUCCACUGCUGUCUGCCCUAUCUGCCGCCGAUUCCUCAACAAGCGUCGAACUUCAGUCCACUGCCGUCAACAACAACAUCAUCGCUCCCAUGCACCUACUGACAAAAGAGGCACGAAGGGAGCGACGCAAAGAACGCCGUAUAUUGAGGAAGAAAAAGCAGCGAUUGAGAGAAUUACGGGAGGAGAUCCGGAUUCUCACGCUCUCACUGCAGCAAUCGAAUUCAACUGCAAUAUCUGAUAAGGCCGAGGUGAAACUGAAGCAGAAGGGGCGUCAGGGUCGAAAAGGCAUAAAAUGGCGAAAAAGUUUGUUAGAGAAAUUGAAAGGUAUUGUAAGACGAUUGGACAGAAUGGAACGGCGACUUGUGGAGGGCAACCAGAUAGUCUCCUCUGAAAUGAUACAUUCCAUGAGUAACACUUCGUCAACAUCGAGUACUACGACGACAACGACGUCCACAACCUCUUCCAUAAAUGGAACACGGUUAAUCAGAAGGUGA